UCAAGCGCUAUCAUUUGCUAGCAACGGCUAUUUUAGAGGAACCGGUUUCACACAGUUAGGUGUAAGUAAUCAAUCCUUUUCGAUCGCCUUGUGGAUUAAACCUACUUCCUUGAGCGGAGGAACAAUUACUCAUGUAUCUGGUGUAUUAAAUGGCACAAAUUGGUGUAUACCACUCAUCGGGUUAAGUUCGCUUGGUCGAAUUGUGACUCAAGCUUGGAGUGGUGUAGCUGCCGGUAUUCUUGGUCCGAGUAUGUCUGUAAACUUAUGGACACAUAUAGUUCAAACGUUUAGUGUGACAAAUGGUAUCACAAUGUACAUCAAUGGCACUUAUUAUAACUCCACGAAAACAUUUAGUUAUUCUGCUAGUGGGAAGAAAGAUACAAUUAUUUUAGCCAAUUAUAUAAGCGGCGUCUCGUGUUCUGCAGGACAAGUUGUAGCAGGUCAAUAUUAUGGAGCUAUAGAUGAGUUUCGCCUCUACUCAAGAGAAUUAACAACAACCGACGUCUAUGAACUUGCUAAUGUGUAA